AUGGAUUCAUAUAUUUCAUUAUUGGAAUUACGAGAACAUAGCGAUUUUUACUUUCAGAAAAAGCCACCAAGAAAGAACCACUCGGGAGUACCUUCUAAAUUGAACACAAAAAAUAAUCUAGUCAAAAAUACCCCAAACCUCUUCCACAAAUCAGAAGAUCCUCCUUUAGAUUUAAUGGUCAACUGCUUUUUCAACUCGAACACAGAACCUUUCUCCAAAGAAAAAAUAAAACGAAAUGUACAACAUAGUUUCUUCAAGUCCGAACUGAAUCACAUGAAACCCAAAAAAUAA